AGCCACUUCCUGAAGCGCCGGGCAGGAAGUUACUUGCUACCUCUGGAGUCCUGAGAAGAAAGUGCUGGCUACCUCAUUGGUUACGGCGGGAGCUGGAGGUGGGUGGGCAGACGGGCCGAUCCGUCUCGCGGAGGCUCGGGGCCGAUUUCCACUGCAGCACCACGGCCCCCUCCUCCAGCCUCCAGCCCGGCGGGGCUGUCCGGGGGGCUCCUUCAGACUCCUUGACGUCGCUACAAGGGGCACCUACCCUGGCAUCGCCUGGGCCUCCAGCCAGGGGACUGGCUCCCGGCUUCAGCACUUUGGACUGCACUAAGAAGUGCUCUUAUUGCCUCCUUCCCUGCCCCCCACCCUGAGCCACCGAAAACCUGGUCCAGAGCGACAGCCUCGGACCCGGGACUAGACGCAUCCAAAACGUUCAGCCCCGGCCUCCCCCAGACGGAGCUCUGCGUCGGCUCUGACAUGUCACCCACCGUUUCCCAUAAGGACAACAGUCGCCAACGGCGGCCAGGGACUUUCACCCACUCUCUGGAUAUGAAAAGCGGUCCUCUACCGCCGGGCAGUUGGGAUGACAGUCGUGCGGACUUGGUGGGCGGGGAAGGGGACAGAGAAGCUCUUCUGAGGGAUACCGGCGUUGAUGACUUCAUAAAAGCCCCACGUAGCUGCCGAGCCGAACUAAGCAGCAUUUUGCUACUGCUCUUUCUUUACGUGCUUCAGGGCAUUCCUUUAGGUUUAGCGGGAAGCAUUCCACUCAUUUUGCAGAGCAAAAAUGUUAGCUAUACAGACCAAGCUUUCUUCAGUUUUGUCUUUUGGCCUUUCAGUCUCAAGUUACUCUGGGCUCCGUUGGUUGAUGCGGUUUACUUCAAGAACUUUGGUCGUCGCAAAUCUUGGCUUGUCCCUACACAGUAUAUACUAGGAUUCUUCAUGAUCUAUUUAUCCACUCAGGUGGACCGUUUGCUCGGGAAUACCGAUGGCAGAACACCUGAUGUGGUUGCUCUCACUGUGACAUUCUUUUUGUUUGAAUUCCUGGCUGCCACUCAGGACAUCGCUGUGGAUGGUUGGGCGUUAACUAUGUUAUCCCGGGAAAACGUGGGUUAUGCUUCUACUUGCAAUUCGGUGGGCCAGACAGCAGGCUACUUUUUGGGCAACGUUUUGUUUUUGGCCCUUGAAUCUGCUGACUUUUGUAACAAAUAUUUGCGGUUUCAGCCUCAACCCAGAGGAAUCGUUACUCUUUCAGAUUUCCUUUUUUUCUGGGGAACUAUAUUUUUAAUAACAACAACAUUAGUUGCUCUUCUGAAAAAAGAAAACAAAGAAGUAUCAGUAGUAAAAGAAGAAACACAGGGGAUCACAGAUACUUACAAGCUGCUUUUCGAAAUUGUGAAAAUGCCAGCAGUUCUGACAUUUUGCCUUCUGAUUCUAACUGCAAAGAUUGGUUUUUCCGCAGCAGAUGCAGUAACAGGACUGAAAUUGGUAGAAGAGGGAGUACCCAAAGAACAUUUAGCCUUAUUGGCAGUUCCAAUGGUUCCUCUGCAGAUAAUAUUGCCUCUGAUUAUCAGCAAAUACACUGCAGGUCCCCAGCCACUAAAUAUAUUUUACAAAGCCAUGCCCUACAGGUUAUUGCUUGGAUUAGAAUAUGCCCUGCUGGUAUGGUGGACUUCUAAAGUGGAGCAUCAAGGGGGAUUCCCUAUAUAUUACUAUAUAGUAGUGCUGCUGAGUUACGCAUUGCAUCAGGUGACAUUGUACAGCAUGUACGUUUCUAUAAUGGCUUUCAAUGCAAAAGUUAGUGAUCCACUUAUUGGAGGAACAUACAUGACCCUUUUAAAUACUGUAUCCAAUCUAGGGGGAAACUGGCCUUCGACAGUAGCUCUUUGGCUGGUGGAUCCCCUCACCGUGAAAGAGUGUGCAGGAGCAUCAAAUCAGAAUUGCCGAGCACCUGAUGCUGUUGAGCUUUGCAAAAAACUUGGUGGCUCAUGUGUUACAACACUGGAUGGUUAUUAUGUGGAGUCCAUUAUUUGUGUUUUGAUUGGAUUUAGUUGGUGGUUCUUUUUUGGUCCAAAAUUUAAAAAGUUACAGGAUGAAGGACCAUCUUCAUGGAAGUGCAAAAGGAGCAAUUAAUGUAUACACUACUGGACAUUCUAGAAAGGUAAUUAUAGUUUAGUUUUAAUUCAGAGAGCUAUGAUAAUCAAUGCACAGGACUAUAAAAUACUAUUUUAAGCAAGGAAAUUAAUACAAAAUGCCAAAUGAUCAAAAGAUAGAGACCUCUUUGUAUAUUUGAUCAUAUUUUUCCUUGCUUUGUUGAUGUAUUUAAAGUUUACUUAAGGUCAGGAAAUUGGUUCUAAAAAAACUUUUUUUGACCUUGUUAUUUGAUUUAUAACUUUUUAAUUAACUGACCAAAGCAAAUUUUAAGCUGCAAUUCAUAGUCGUGGGUGGUGACCAUGCAGCCAAGUAUUGUUACUGAUACCUAUCAUUGAACUCUAUUUAAAAUCUGGUACUAUAUAGUUAAUGGAAAUGAGCUUGAUAUUCAGCUGCUAUCUACACUAGUCUGACUUCGUUGGCAGUUAAGGUCUUAAUUUGAAUUGUAAAUUGCUUCAAUUUUACCUGGUAUUUGCUGAGAAGAGGAUGUAGACUACUGAAAUGUCAUUUUAGUUGUUAUUUUUCUGACCAUAACCACAUUGUAUAAAUCAAUCUGUGUUUAAAAGACUAUUUUAAAUGUAUUUCCUGCUUUUGUAAGCAUUAAAGAUUUGUAAGAAGAUUAUUCACACUAUUUUUUAUAAAAUAAAAGCUAUGACUUUUAAUUUCUUGAUUCCUCUUGCCCUUCCCCCCCCAACCCCCUUUUGGGAAGACGUUUUGAUUCCUUGUUAACUUUUAACCUAAAGCUUACAUAUGUUUUUUGUCACAAGCAUUUCAUGGCACACAGACAGCUAAUGAGGGGAUCAAAUUUAGUGUUGUAUGUAUGUUCACAGAAAAGUUCUGGGAAUAAAAAUUGAAUUUUAUUCUUCAAGUAUUUUUUUUUAAUUAAGGAGAGAAAAAACAGUACAGCUUUCCAAUUAAGUAAAAUUUAAAUGAGUAGUUCCAUAAUUUUAAAAACUAAUAUUUUAAAGAGAGAGACAAAGAUAUUGUGUGCCUUUGACAAAUAAAUCAUGUGGUAGAACAAUGUUUCUAAUUCAGCACUUUACUACUCACAGUUAUUUUAUGCCAAAUCAGGUACUGUAUUUUCAUUUAUGAAAACUCAGCCUUUUAUUUGUAAACUAGAGUUUCCAGUGGACAAUUGCUGUUCCAGAAGAAUUAAGCUUUGGAGUAUUUCAGCAAUUUCCAACAUAUCAUGUACAUCCAGUGAUAAGGUUCUUUGCAUAUUUUGUUAUGUAUUACUUUGACACAUUAGAGAUUAUAUAAAUCCUUCAGAAGUUAGCAAAAAAGAGAUUAAGUUAUGAGUCUUAAUUUUAUGUUUGUGGGAAAAUAUAUACUAAUACCUGAUUUUGUUAAUUUUAUAAGAUACAUUAAAUUUAAAGUGGGGUUUUUAUAAGUAAUGGAGAAUAAAAUGAGUAGGAGAAAAUAGCAUCUGAAGAAAAAUAAGGGCAGUGGUCUGUAGAACUCAUGCAGUGCUGUUGGAAAGGCUGUGUUGGGCAUCCAUGUCUCCUGGAAAAAUAUUCAUCCUAGAGCAGCGGUUCUCAACCUGUGGGUCGCGACCCCUUUGUAACAAUGAAAAUACAUCGCGGCAUUAGGGAGGUUGAGAACCACUGUCCUAGAGGCAAGUAGGCUACACCAAACUAUAGACUACAGUACUUUGUCACGUGGUUGUCCAUUAUCAUGUAUUAUAAUCAAAAUGUCUACUUAAAUAAAUGAAGAAAAGAGCCCACUUAACUCUUACACAUGAAACAUAUUUUGAUUUUUAAUUUUCAGAUUAAGAAGCUCAGAUUGCCUUAACAACCGUUUAUUUUUCCCAUUAUAUUAUUACAAAUUAUGCAUACUUUAAAACAUAGUUUUAAGUUCUAUACAUCUUUAAUGACUUGAAGUGUUAAAAUAUAUUUUAAGCCCUUAACUGUAAGGCGAACGCCAUUAAUUGCAUUUACUCUAGAAAUAAACAAAAACUUAUUUUUAAUUGUAAUCAUUGGUAAUUAGGGUAGAGUUUACAAUGCAUGCCAAAAAAUACUAUUAAUAUGGGUGGCACCCGUAGCUCUGUGAGUAGGGCGCCGGCCACAUAACCGAGGCUGGCGGGUUCGAACUUGGCCCGGGCCAGCUAAAACAACAAUGACAAGUGCAACAACAAAAAAAUAGCCAGGCAUCGUGGUGGGCGCCUGUAGUCCCAGCUACUUGGAAGGCUGAGGCAAGAGAAUCACUUAAGCCCAAGAGUUUGAGGUUGCUGUGAGCUGUGAUGCCAUGGCACUCUACCCAGGGUGAUAGCUUGAGACUCUGUCUCAAAAAAAAAAAAACGACUAUUAAUAGCUAACAACCAUGUUGCAUACAUUAAUCAUUAAUGUUAUUUAAAAAUGAUCUGCCUGAAUCUGAGAAUCUAAUCAUUGUAAUACUAGAAAAUACUACCCUAUUUUUGUAUGUGUUUUUCUUGAAUGAUUAAUUCUGAAAAGUUAAACUCUAUCCUCUAAUAAAAUGGGCAGAUAUUAACUCCUACUGUUAAUGUAUUAUGUUUACUGGCUAAUAUUAGAUAGAACAUAUAUUUCUUUAUGUCACAAUAUCUGUCUGUGUGGGUUGGUUAUAACAUGUAUAUGCCUGAGUUUUAAAAGGUUACAGCUAAAACUAAAACCACAAACUCCCUCCAUUGUAAAUAUUUUAAUUUUGAUUGAUUAAUCUUAUGUUUGUUCAACACCUUAAAAGAGUGCUUUAUGUUUUUAUAUUAACCCUUUAAAUCUAAACCUAUAAUGUAAAGUUAUUGUUGGAUUUCAUCCCUUUAUUGCAAAGGUUUUUAUCCAAAACAGAUGUCAGUGGGGCUGGGCCCCUGAAACCCCUAAAUUGGUUUGCAAAACUCUGGAUGUAUAAUUUUUGUUUUCUGAACAGAGUAAAAUCUUGAAUGGGCUGUAAUCCAAAAACUGUGGGUUGUUCAUAAUCACAAAUCUAAAAUAAUACUUAUGAAAUUGUUUGAAGAUUUCUGAAAAAAAUGUUGAAAAAUAUCAAUGAUGAAAACUGGAAAACGGCUUCGUGCCUGUGGCUCAAGCAGCUAAGGCGCCAGCCACAUACACCUGAGCUGGCGGGUUCAAAUCCAGCCCGGGCCCGCCAAACAACAAUGACGGCUGCAACCAAAAAACAGCCGGGAGUUGUGGCAGGCACCUGUGGUCCCAACUACUUGGGAGGUGGAUGCAAGAGAAUCGCUUGAGCCCAGGAGUUUGAGGUUGCUGUGAGCUGUGAUGUUACGGUACUCUACCCAGGGUGACAGUUUGAGGCUCUGUCUCAAAAAAUAAAAAAGAAAAAAAAAGAAAACUGGAAAACCUCUGCAUUUAUAGUACUACAUUGCACUUGAAACCUUGAAAGGGUAGGUAACACAUUACUGGUAAAAGGGACACCAUAAGGAUGAAUUGUAUCCUACAAAAGACUUAGUAUUUCAUUUUUUUCUAUGUGACUUUUAUUUUGCCUUGUUAACAGAAACCCAAAAAAGUAUGUUGCUUUAUACUAAAUGGUUGAGAUCAUUAUUAAAUAUAAAAGAUGAUUAAGUGCUAGAAUUAAGGUUCACACCUGUAAUUCUAGCACUGUGGGAGGCCGAGGCAGGUGGAUUACUUGAGUGCAGGAGUUCAAGACCAGCCUGAGCAAGAGUGGGACCCUGUCUCUACCAAAAAUGGAAAAACUAGCUGAGUGUCAUGGCAGGUGUCUGUAGUGCCAGCUACUUGGGAGGCUGAGGCAGGAGGAUCACUUAAGCCUAGGUGUUUGAAGUUGCUGUGAGCUUGGAUGCCACAGCACUCUACCCAGGGCACAGAGUGAGACUCUUUGUCAAAAAUAAUAAAUAAAUAAUUAAAAUUAAAAAAUGACUAAAUUUGUUUUUGUAUUUUGGAGGAUUAUGUUUUUCCAAGUAGUUAAGAAUUACUAAAGCUAUAUAACACAAACCCUGCUAAAAAAUAAACAACUUAGUGGGAAUGUUCUGUGCCCAUUUCCAAAAUAUGUUUUACCUUAAUAUUAGAGAGAGAAAACAAAUCUUUAAAAUAAUUUCAUCAAAACUAUGAUUAAUGUAUUUAAUGAGAGCCAUUUUAGUUACAGAAGGGAAGCUCAUAAUUGUAACUGCUGAGACUUUUUAAAACAAAUGUGUUUAGUAAAUAGCAAAGCAUAAUUACUUAUUAUAGGCCAUGUUAUUUUCUAUUUCAGCUUUUAUCUGCCUGAUUUGAUAGUGCCAAAUUUUUAAUGUAAUCAGCAUUUAGUUUGGGACUAAGAGCUCUUCCAUUUACUAUCAUUGAUGUUUGUUUUACUGUGAGGAAGAGAAAUGGGCAUUUUGUAGUAAAAAUUCUAUGAUUAUCUCUUAAAAACAUUUUGUCCAAGUAUAUCAUUAGAGAGAUCAUAACAAAGGAUCAGCAAUAUUAAUUUGCAUAGCUCAUAUGAAGUCUUGAAUCAUUUAGAAAAAACCUACAGUUUAAUAGUUUUUCGUUUUGUUUUGUUUUUGUUUGUUUUUUUUGCAGUUUUUGGCCCGGGCUGGGUUUGAACCCGCCACCUCCAGCAUAUGGGGCCAGUGCCCUACCCCAUUUGAGCCACAGGUGCUGCCCCAGUUUAAUAGUUUUUUAUUUUCAACAUAGACAACACAACUUUGUAACAAUUUUGUGGCAAGAAUAAUGAUUAAAUAGCAGGAUGCAAAUAAACAAGGUACUGGUAUAAUUAGUAGGGAAUUAUCAUUAAGUAUCUAAAAUUUAGUACUGUAAACAGUUAAUCACUAAUAUAAAAUACAAAUAUUAAAGCCUAUUUUUAUUUCCCUUGAAAUGACCUUAAUUGUUGGAAAAGUUUAAUUUUACAGUAAUAGUUAAUGAAAUUGAAUCUUUUUAUUACAUGCACCUAUAAAGUUAGGAAAAUACAAAUUUGAAACAAAAUUUGAUAUUUUAAAAAGUUUGGCAUAUUUGAUAAAUUUCCACUUUGGAAUUAUAUUGAUGAAUCUAUAUUGUUCUCUGAUACUGCAUUGAUAAGAAUUAGUAUAGGGCGGCGCCUGUGGCUCAGUCGGUAAGGCGCCGGCCCCAUAUACCGAGGGUGGUGGGUUCAAACCCGGCCCCGGCUGAACUGCAACCAAAAAAUAGCCGGGCAUUGUGGCAGGCGCCUGUAGUCCCAGCUACUCGGCUGAGGCAAGAGAAUCACUUAAGCCCAGGAGUUGGAGGUUGCUGUGAGCUGUAUGAUGCCAUGGCACUCUACCAAGGGCCAUAAAGUGAAACUCUGUCUCUCCAAAAAAAAAAAGAAUUAGUAUAAAUUGGGCGGCACCUGUGGCUCAAUCGGUAGAGCGCCGGCCCCAUAUACCGAGGGUGGCGGGUUCAAACCCGGCCCCGGCCAAACUGCAACCAAAAAAUAGCCGGGCGUUGUGGCGGGCGCCUGUAGUCCCAGCUACUCGGGAGGCUGAGGCAAGAGAAUCGCUUAAGCCCAGGAGUUGGAGGUUGCUGUGAGCUGUGUGAGGCCACGGCACUCUACCGAGGGCCAUAAAGUGAAACUCUGUCUCUACAAAAAAAAAAAAAAGAAUUAGUAUAAAUUGAAAAAAAACCUCAAUGUUGAAAGCUGUCAUUGUUGAAAUCUUUAAGAAAUUAUUGUGCCCAUGUACAGAUUUGAAUUCAAAAUAGGGCACAAUCAUUUUUGGAAGAUCUAUCAUUAGCCUUGAUGGUUUUGUGUUGUUUAAGUGUUUCAAGUAUAUGUGAAAUGUUUAGUUAUAUUUUAUUAACUUAUUAAAAGUUGUACAUUAAACAUUAAUUUUUAUGCACUGUAUAAGUAAUAUAUUUGGAAUAUAUUUGACAUGAUUCUCUGGAUUUUUACGUGAAGGAUUACUUAAAUGCUUAAAAUGAUUGUUACACAAUCGAUCUCUAAAAAAUAAAACAUUA